AUGAGGCAGACAGUAAAAGGAUACCAGGAAGGUGCUGGUGCAGGCGUCAGAUGUAAAUUGAACAGGGAGCGAAAACCCACGAUCGAAGCAACCAGCGCAAGAGCGACGAGAAGACUCUCAAGCAAGGUCAUAGGCACACGGCCAUACAACACUCAGCCACACAACACUCAGCCAUACAACACUCAGCCAUACAACACUCAACCAUACAAAACUCAGCCGUACAAUACUCAACCAUACAACACUCAACCAUACAACACUCAGCAUUCAGUAGGCCCAAAACGCUUGAUGAAUCUUCAGUCAAGCAGGGAAGAUUCUAGGCGUCUAUGUACAAGCCAGUUACAUGAGCCCACCGACAAGCAGACAUCUUUGGAUGAUAUUGGAAUGCCUGCCCGGCGCUACGGAGGAUCCUGGAGUAUCUCUCUCCCACUUGCUUCGACAAACAUAGCCGACGAGACGGAGCGCACGCUCGCUCACGAUUUGGCAAAUAUCUUUUGUGCAAUAAUCCCUGAUUCACUACGCCAAUGCCCAUUCAGUACCGACGUUGCGGACUUUUUCAACUGCACCGUGCUGCUAGCGAGUAGCACUUGGUUCGACGACAUUCACCCGGGAAAACAUCAACUACGGCCACCACAAUGUCAGAAAGCGACUGAGACAGAUACCAACGGCGUCGACGCACUAAGAAGAAGGAGAAGGUCUCAGAAUUGA